CUUACUAGGAAACGAGGGGCAGUGGGCACGCGCUUGAAAGGCUGCAGGCGCCAUGGGCAGAGUGAGAAACGGCGCAAACACCCAGCAGCUGCAGGGGCAAAAACGGCCCGGGGAUCCCGCCGAAGCCUGCGCAGCCAUCGCGGUCAUGGGCGCGCGGCGCCCCCCUUUCCAAGUCCGCGUGGGGAGCCACGCGGCGGGGAGGAAGCCGGCGGCCGCCCGGCGGGAUUCCGCAAGGUUGCGGCGGAAGCGCUGGUGGCGGCGAGCCCGGGAGGCAGCCUCCGGAGGCCCGCUACCAGCCCCGAAGCCGCCGGCGCCCGCCGCGUCCCCGGGCGAGAUGGACCUGGGCGCUCAGCGGGAACGCUGGGAGACGUUCAGGAAGCGGCGGGGCCUCAGCUGCGAGGGCGCCGCCAAGUUCCUGCUGGACACCUUCGAGUACCCGGGCCUGGUGUACCACACCGGCGGCUGCCACUGCGGCGCGGUCCGCUUCGCCGUCUGGGCCCCCGCAGACCUGCGCGUGGUGGAUUGCAGCUGCAGGCUGUGCAGGAAGAAGCAGCACCGGCACUUCCUCGUCCCGGCCUCGCGCUUCACUCUCCUGCUGGGCGCCGAGAGCAUCGUCACGUACCGAUCCCACACGCACCCGGCGCUGCACAGCUUCUGCAGCAGGUGCGGGGUGCAGAGUUUCCACGCGUCUGUCUCUGACCCCGGGGUUUACGGCGUCGCCCCGCACUGCCUGGACGCGGGCACCGUGCGCAGUGUGGUCAUCGAGGAGGUCGACGGUGGCAACUGGGGGGAGGAGGCCACGAAGGAGCUCAAGGCCAUCCAGAACGCGUCUCCCGAGUGAGCCCCUGCCUCUCCUGUAGAGGAGCAGUGACUGGGGCCGCCACCCGCCUGAAACGUGCCCGGUGCCCUUCGAGGGGGCCACCUCAGUGCUUGUGAAGGAAUUACUGUAUGAAAGAGGUCGGUUUCUGGACUGGGGAACCCGUGAUGUCGCGCCAAGCUUCCACCCCUUCCCUCUCAGUGUGUUUCAACGGGCUUGCUUAUAAUCAAAAAACUGAGCACACAUGUGUCUGUGAACAGCCCUAAUCUUCCAAUCCAGUCAGCAAGCAGUGUCUCUACCUUUGCAGGUCGCCUUGCAUAACACUCAGUUGUAUUAUUCUUCCUACAGUUUUCACAGAUCAUUUUCAGAUUAUUCAUAUGUACUGUACCGUUAUGGUGCUAUUGUGAGCAAGAUUGUUUUAAUGGUCGCAUCUGGCAUGUGAGACCACUCACUAUAUCUAAACACUUUUGUAGACCUUUACGAGGACGUUUUCUGUUGAUUAUCUGUGUGCGUGUGUGUGUGUUAGGUACGCACUCACGUUUUCGCUACUUAGAGAUGUGCGUUAUUUUCGGUCACAGUGUUUAUUUAAUGUAUUUGUAUAUAGUAGGUUUAAGGUUCAUUAGUGUUACAUACCUCAUUGCACCUAUGUUUUCAAAUGAUGUUGCCAUUUUGCUUGGUUUUGUUUUAGAAACUGCCUCUGGGAAGGGGGAUGGGGAGACACUAUGUAUGCCUUCUUUGGUGUUUUGA